GCAGUUGCAGCGGCUCAUUGCUCUCUCGGUCGGUGCUAUGUUUGGCUGCUUGUGUACGUGUUGAUUUGUGUUCCGUCAUGUCGGACAAACAAAAUAUACAGUCGGGACGAUCUCCUGACGACCGGUGCCCGCUACGAACGAGAUGUUACAGCUGAUUUUCAACGCUUGUUCAAUAUUCCGGGGGGACAUAGCGAGGAGCCCCGGCGCGCCGUGGAUUACCAUCGCAGCAGGGAGGAAGCGACGGCGGCGUAGAGAGAGAAGGUAGAAGCGGGGCUGCAGGGCCGGCCUGCUAGCUGGGCUACGGGGCAACCACACAAACCGCCGCUCCCCAGCCUGUUUCUCUCGAACGCCAGAUCCCUUGCAAACAAGAUGGAUGAACUGAGACUACAGGCUGCAUCUCACAGCGCAGUGAAGGACAGCUGUAAUCUUCUGAUCACGGAGACCUGGCUGCAUCCAGACGUAGCGGACUCUGCCAUCGAGCUAGCAGGCUGCACAGUACAGCGCCGCGACAGAACGAAGGACUCCGCGCCCACAUGCAAUGGAUGACUUACAGAAAAUACAACACAGCUUAACGACACACGCAUUCAGGCGGUGAGGGUGCUGGACGGGAUGUGGGUGUGGAAAACCUGAGAGAGAAACUGAAGUGGAAGGACGAGUGAGAGAAUAGUACUAUGCAGGUGACAACACAACAGAAACUACACUUUAAAAAACUUCUACCUCUAAUGGAAAUGUGUCUGCUUGUGGUUUUAUCUGCCGAAAACAAUGACGACUGAGAGGAAGGACUGGAAUUUACUCUACAGCUCUAAACAAAUACGGAAAGCUAAAGAGGAAACUAUACGUUUGUAGUUCCUACAACAUUUAGUUUGACACCUCAGCGGUCUCACAUAGGUGGCCAGGAUGACGACCAACUACACGGACAUUAGUCCCUGUAAUCCAGAUGACAGGCUCUGUAUAACACGAGAAUAUCAGCUUGGAGUGAUUGUCGUCCCUGCGUUGUUGGUCUCGCUCACCGUGCUCAUAUUAUUCAUCAUUUUCAUAUUACUGUGCUGUAAUCAGAGAGAGCGGACACGAGUCAGAACUCCUACUCAAUACCAAACUCACCAGCACACCACAAACGAGACACACACACAGCGAAACCAUAACCACAACAACAACCGUCACCCCCACCACAGACAUCACCUACAGGGAAUAGAUGCGCCCCCAGGGAUUGACCCUCUUGAACACGAAGAAGUGCCAAUGAGAGUUCAAAACACACAUCACCAUCUGAAGCCACAACACGAAUCCCCAGAGAGGCAUGGGACUGCAGCACCACAUAGAACUAGAGACAGACAUGCAACUGCAACAAGACAUCACUCUCCAGAGAGACAUGCGACAAGACAUCGCUCUCCAGAAAGACAUGCGACAAGACAUCGCUCUCCAGAAAGACAUGCGACAAGACAUCGCUCUCCAGAAAGACAUGCGACAAGACAUCGCUCUCCAGAAAGACAUGCGACAAGACAUCGCUCUCCAGAGAGACAUACGGAUGCAGAACCACAAUCACCCACAAGGAGGCCUCUUGGAAACUUUAGUCAUGUCACUGCAUUGACGCCAUCUUUCUAUACCAAACCCAGUGACACAGUAAGCCUCUACAGAGCUCGCAUGGACAACAAGGAUGUCAUCUUGAGAGCACUAAAAGAAAAUGCGAGUACCCGUGAGAAACAACACUUUCUGGGGUUUGCAUCCUUCCUGGGAGGACUGGGCCCUCACCCUUUUAUUCCUGCUCUACUGGGCGUGGUUUCUGUACGGUCACCAUUAGUGAUAGUGGUGGAGGAGCUGAGGCACAGAGACCUACUGGGGUUCCUGUGGAAGUGCAGAGAGGAUAAUGCAAGUCAUGAAAUGACAGAAAAGAGGAUCUUCACCAUGGCAGGACAAGUGGCCUCUGCCCUGGAUUACCUGCACAGUCAGGGAUCUAUCCACGGGAACAUCGGAGCGCGCAGUGUUCUGGUUGGUGGUGACAUGACGGCCAAACUGUGGGGAUUGGGCUCAGCUUACCACAGAACACAGAUCGACACUGCUGGGCUGGUGGAGGAAAUGGAGCUGAAGAAAUGGCAGGCACCUGAAGUUCUGGCCAGGAGAACGGCCAGUAACAGCAGCGACGUAUGGUCCUUUGGUAUCCUCCUUUAUGAAAUGGUUACAUUAGGUGACCCACCUUUUGCUCACAUCAUGUCGACUGAACUUCUGCAGUAUCUCCAAAGAAGAAAAACUGUGAAACGGCCAACCAACUGCUCCAACACACUGUACUCCAUGAUGAAAUCAUGCUGCAGCUGGAGCCCCCAAGGGCGUCCCUCGGUCGCCAGACUGAUUAGGAUGCUUCAUGAAGGAGAGCAAUCGGCAAAUGGGAGCACAGCUCUGAGGGUGCCUGAGCCACUGAACAUGGAAAGAUACAUGAGGGAGGCAGGAUACGGAGAGGCGUUCAACUACGCCGUGUUCUGAUUGGCUGGGACUGCUGUGACAAAGGACUCUGUUUCGCUGGACUGUGAAUAAUGGCUCCAACAAAUUCCUUAAAGUACCAAGUACUGCUGCAGGAGCACAAAAAGCGAGGGGAAUUAAAUAUGCCAAUUACAUCGUUUGUUUAGAAAACAUGUUUUUAUAUUUAUAAGUAGUUUUGGAAUACAAAAUAUAAAGCACAACCAUGAAGUAUGUCUUAGGUAACUUAUUCUUUUGUAAAUGUGUAUACAUUUUGGUAAAUAAUACCUUGGUUGUCUUGGACUUAAUAAACAAAACACUUAAAACAUAUUUAACUUAUGAUCAUUUUAAAGUCAGUCCUGUCUUCUUUUUAAAGACAUACCGAAAAGUAUUGCUUAUAUUUUAUUAACUUGAUCCAUAUCGCCACAAUGAAAUUAUUUAAUUCAAGGCUUAUGUGCAGUGCUCAAACAAAUAAAUUAUGUCUUCAUGAACAUACAGUAGUAUUUAAUAGAUUUUUUCUUGUCUGGAGAAUAUUGAUAAAACCUAGUUGCUAGGUGUCAAGUCCUGCUGGGAAAUGAAUUUAUCAACAAUGUAAGAAGAAAAAUGAACAAUGUUUAUCUAAAAAAAUAAUAGAUUUUGUAGAAUUGUGAAUGAUAGCACAAUGUUUGCAUUGUUGUUAUGUCACUUGACCCACACAAGUCGUAGAAAAGAUAAAAUAAAAUUGAUGUCCAUCCCAGGGAAACGUACUUCAUAAAUGCCACACAAAAUUCAAGACCUCCCUGCAGUCCAAUAUGGAAUCAUGAACUCUAAGAUAGUGGAUGGAGAGGUGGAGCUAUAUUAUAAAACUGCCUGGAUAAAAAUCAAGACUCCGAAAACAAAGUUCUACAACAGUUUCUUGAUUAUUUAUUUGCAUUAUAGCAUCAACCAUUCCUCGUCAAACACACUCCUUCACGAUUUUGCAGUUUUUCUGAUUAUUGCAAAUGAAAGAUUUGCAGAAUCUUUAGUAACUUAGGGAUGAAAGGUGCUGCUUGUUUGGGCAAAUGCAGAUCAAGUGAACAAAUCUGCAUGGAUCCACCUAAUAAAAACAUUACACAGGAACUAACAGGCUCACAACACAUUCAAUGAGUCCUUUUAAUCCAACUUUACACGUGGAAGGACCUGUAAAUUUAAAUACUUCAGAAUCCUGGGAAAACUGAAAAAACACACAUAAAGGAUUAUCCUUUCUUGAAAGAAAGCAGCCACAACCAGUCACAAUGAAGCCAAAAAUAGCUAGCUACAAAGGUAAAUAUUGGUGGUAAGUACACAAUAUAUGACAAAGCUAUGAGGAAGACAAAGAAAGAAGUUUCCUUGAUCAAGGUAGCUACUAUUUCAGUCACGCUUUGGGAAAAAGCAAUGGAUGUCAUUGCUUGAAAGAAGAAGUUUUUAAAAAUUAAGGGUGUUCGUAGAAAAGAAGGAAUGAUAUGAAAAGUCCUCGUCUAAAUCUACUGUAGAGACUAGUAAGAAAGGCCACGAUAGAACAUGA